CAGCUCGAGAGGAGUGAACGGGAGCACGAACGGCCCCCACGGCGCGUGGUUGUAGAACGAGAUCAAAAGGCGCGUGGUCUGCGCGGCAGCAGUCUCAGUUUACUUCAGUUGUGAGCAGCGCGUGCUGCUGAUCGGUCGGUGGAGUCUGCUUGAGCGGCUGUGCUGUUCUCUUCUGCUUUUUAUGAGCGCUCGUGACUGUAGUCUGUAUGUGUAGUUUGCGCGUGAACCGGCAUAAUCAAAGACGAAGCAGGCCAGCGCGAGCCAGCAAGAAAGACAGGCAGGCAGGCAGGACAGAGAGGCAGCCCGCGAGCGCUCAGCUAGCAACCGUAGGUUACAUUGCGAGAGAUGAUCACGUCUACACUGGGAAUCCUUCUGCUGCCGAUGCUAAUAUGUCUCCAGUACUGCAUACACGUCCACGGUACUAAGACGGAAUGUGAGGCCAGCCAGUUUCAGUGUGGGAACGGUCGCUGCAUCCCGUCCGUCUGGCAGUGCGACGGAGACGAGGACUGCACCGACGGCAGUGACGAGAACUCCUGUGUUAGAAAGACUUGUGUGGAGGUGGACUUCGUUUGUCGCAACGGCCAAUGUGUCCCGAAGCGAUGGCACUGUGAUGGGGAGCCGGACUGUGAGGACGGGUCUGACGAGAGCGUAGAAAUCUGCCACAUGAGGACGUGUCGUGUGAACGAGUUUAGCUGCGGCGCAGGCUCCACUCAGUGUAUCCCCAUCUUCUGGAAAUGUGACGGAGAGAAGGACUGUGACAAUGGAGAGGACGAAGUCAACUGUGGUAACAUCACCUGCGCUCCAAAUGAGUUCACGUGUGCGAGCGGCCGCUGCAUCUCCCGGAACUUUGUGUGUAACGGAGAGGACGACUGUGGUGACGCCUCCGAUGAGGUGGAGUGCGCGCCAUCUUCCUGCGGUCCCAGUGAGUUCCAGUGUGGAAACUCGUCGUGCAUCCCGGCCAGCUGGGUGUGUGAUGAUGACGUUGACUGCCAGGAUCAAUCGGAUGAGUCUCCGGCUCGUUGCGGCCGUCACCCGACACCGCCUGCCAAGUGUUCGUCCAGUGAGAUGCAGUGCCGCUCAGGAGAGUGUAUUCACAAGAAGUGGAGGUGUGAUGGUGACCCGGACUGCAAGGACAGCAGCGACGAAGCCAACUGUCCUGUACGCACUUGUGGACCGGAUCAGUUCAAAUGUGAUGAUGGAAACUGUAUCCUGGGCAGCAGACAGUGUAACGGCCUCAGAGAGUGCUCUGAUGGAUCAGACGAAGUCAACUGCAAAAACAUGACUCAGUGUAACGGACCAGAGAAGUUCAAGUGUCGCAGCGGCGAGUGUAUCGAGAUGAGCAAAGUGUGCAACAAGGCACGAGACUGUCCCGACUGGAGCGACGAACCCAUCAAGGAAUGCAAUCUAAACGAGUGUCUCCAGAACAACGGGGGCUGCUCCCACAUCUGCAAGGACAUGGUGAUUGGCUUUGAAUGUGACUGCACACCUGGACUUACACUCAUAGACCACAAGACCUGCGGAGACAUCAAUGAGUGUAUGAACCCCGGCAUCUGCAGUCAGAUCUGCAUCAACCUGAAGGGCGGAUACAAGUGCGAAUGCCACAACAGCUACCAGAUGGAUCCGACUACUGGAGUCUGCAAAGCUGUUGGUAAGGAACCCUGCCUGAUCUUCACUAACCGUCGUGACAUCCGUCGCCUGGGUCUGGAGAGGAAGGAGUACACUCAGAUUGUGGAGCAGCAGAGGAACACAGUGGCUCUCGAUGCAGACUUUGGCCAGCAGAUGAUCUUCUGGGCUGACCUGGGCCAGAGGGCCAUUUACAGCACUGUGCUCGACAAACGGGGAGAUGCCGGCACCCACAACAAAGUGAUCGACAACGUCCAGACUCCUGUUGGCAUUGCUGUGGACUGGAUCUAUAAGAACUUAUACUGGUCUGAUCUCAGCACCAAAACUAUUUCUGUAGCCAACUUCAAUGGAACGAAGCAGAAAGUUCUGUUCAACAGAGGCCUCAAAGAACCAGCAUCCAUCGCUGUUGAUCCGCUGUCUGGGUUUCUAUACUGGUCUGACUGGGGAGAGCCAGCCAAGAUUGAGAAAUCUGGUAUGAACGGAGUGGAUAGACAGGUUCUGGUGGCGACGGACAUCCAGUGGCCUAAUGGAAUCACUCUGGAUCUGAUCAAAGGCAGAUUGUACUGGGUCGACUCGAAGCUGCACAUGCUCUGUAGCGUCGACCUGAACGGAGACAACAGAAAGAAAGUGCUCCAGUCUUCAGAGUACCUGGCUCAUCCCUUCGCUCUAACUGUUUUUGAGGAUCGUGUCUUCUGGACGGAUGGCGAAAAUGAAGCCAUCUACGGCGCUAACAAGUUCACAGGCUCUGACGUGGUGACGCUGGCCAGCAACCUGAAUGACCCCCAGGACAUCAUAGUGUACCACGAGCUGAUCCAGCUCUCGGGUGCUAACUGGUGUGCAGAGAAAGGUGAAAACGGAGGCUGCAGCUACAUGUGUCUGCCUGCACCGCAGAUCAACAAACACUCGCCCAAAUACACGUGCAUGUGUCCAGACGGACAGGAGCUGUCCGCUGACGGCUUACGCUGCAGACCUGACCGUUCUGCAAAAGAUUCCUCAAAGGAUAAUGGGAAAGCUCUAAUACAACCACCCCCAGAAGCCAACGUGAGCACGUCGAUCCAGGUGAACGCCACUGCCAGAGGCUCUGCUGCUGCCUGGGCCAUACUGCCUGUCUUGCUGCUGGCGAUGGCGGCGGCCGGUGGCUACCUGAUGUGGAGAAACUGGCAGCUAAAGAAUCAGAAGAGCAUGAACUUUGACAACCCCGUCUAUCUGAAGACCACAGAAGAAGACCUCAACAUCGACAUCACCCGGCACGGCGCCAACGUGGGUCACACCUACCCUGCGAUUUCCAUAGUGAGCACAGAGGAUGAUUUAUCGUGAUCGUCCUGGUUUUUUUUUCUUUGCGGCGACCCGUAGCGUUUCAUGGCGCCACCGCGUUCCCAUGCUGACCGGUUGUCCGUGGCAGCAGCCCUUACAGUACGACCACACGCCUUCUGAAGUGCAUUAUGUCAUUAUCUGUGAGAGGAUGACUUGAUGAAAUGUUAUUUAUUAUGUGAAUACUACAAUGAAUUGUGUCCAUAACGGUUUUCACUCUUCCAAAGUGUUAAAGAUUGUUCCCCCUCUUUGGUCCUUAUUGUUUGAGCCACAUCUUCCGGUCUUUUUUUUCCCGCUCUCUUAAAAAAAGAGUGUCUUUUUACAACAGAUGAGAAAAAUGUGAUGAAUUUCCACAAUAUGAUCAUAUCUUACUGUGCUUUGUGUUCAAACUGAAGUAGAAAACUUUCAGGAGGACACAGGAGUUCUCUCAGCAAACAGUUGGACUCUGCUGGACAGGAUUUAAAACUGGAUCUGAGCAGUCAGUAUCACCUGACGGGACACGUGUUCAAGACGGCGUCAGACUUCUCUUUGAUCAUAUUCAGAGUGGAGAAGUGACUCAUUCAUGGGGAAAACUUAUUUAAAUGUUUCUAUUUCUUGCCUCCUCUGAGCCAACAGGCUCACGUGUGAGAAUAUCUGUUUGUUCAUAUUUUGGGCAAUAAUAUCCAAGAUGUAAGUUUUAUUUGCUCAUUUUUAUUUAAUUUGUUUUCUUUCCAACGUUACCUGCUGGAGUGCAUUCUUACAAGCUGCUCUUUCAGCCAAUGUUUAUUAUAACUGUUGUUAUUAUUAUGAUAGAAGCUGUGUAAGGAUCACCAUGGUACAUUGUAUAUAUUUCCCCAUCAUCCCUCAAAGACAUGACCGUCAAUCAGGACUCUUCAAUGCACUUUGAUCAAAUGUUCCUUGUGUAAAUAAGAUUGUAUACAUUUGACUUUAAAUAAAUUUUUUGCUAUGGUUGGGCAUCGUACCAGGGUUAGAGUUCAGAUGUAUUUAACAAAGAAAAAGCUGGGGGAAAAACAGAAUUUGGUAAAACUAUUUUGUAUGUUUGUGUGCUGUCGCUGUGAACUUUUUCUAGCCUUGUACAGUGAGGGGGGGGGGGGGAAUACUAUUAAAAGUUAAUAGCUCUGUAUAUGUGAAGAAACUGAUUGGAAAAUCACUUGAGAAUUAAAACCUAAUCUACAACGUUGUUCAAAA